UCGAGAAAUCGAUGGGGAAUGAGAGAAAUCCGAGAAUGCCCUACCUGGAAGAGCAAGAAGAAGAAUCGCAAGACGCUCUAGCCACGAGACCUGGAAUGGAUGUGGAUUACGAUCGAGAUUGGCGCGGCGCUACUACUUACAGGGAUGGGGCAUGCAAGGAGACGACGCCAUCGCCGAGAAGCUCCUCCCAGGGAAAUGGAUAAUGCCCAAAAGGUUUGCGCCGAUCGAUCCGGCUGGAGAGCAGUGAUUCAUGCGAGAUAUUAGCGCAUUGAUAGAGAGGAGAAGGAGAUUUCGAUGGCUUCCAUCCUCCGGAAUGAGCUGCUUGUGCUACAGACCGAGAACAAGCUCGAGAAAAUGACGGUGAUUCAGCUCAGGAGCCUCAUGAAGAAGAUGAAGGCUUCUACUAAAGGCACCAAGCAAGAGCUUCUAGGAAAGAUCACAGAGUUUUUAGAGCUUGAGACUUCUGCAGGAGAAACUUCUGAAGUUAGAGCUCUCAAACGGGUCCAAACAACGGAGACUACAGUCGAGAAAUCCUCCAAGAAAGUUUCCAGACGAAAGACAACGACGACUACCGCUCUCGAAGUAAGCAGCGAGAAAUCUGCCAGCCCGUGGGCUCUACUCCGGCACAAAAAGCCCAAGCCCGACUGGAUUGCUUAUGAUCCGUCCACAAUGAGGCCUUCGUCCCUGCCAAGCGAGAAGAACUUGGUGAAAGUUAUCUCCUGGAACGUCAAUGGCUUGCGGGCUUGCAUGAAGCGCAAAAACGAGCUGGAAGAAGAAGGCUCGGCACUGGCUCGUCUCGCAGACUCGGAAGAUUUCGACGUCCUUUGUCUCCAGGAAACAAAGCUCCAGGAAAAAGAUGUGGAGGCGAUCAAACAAAAGAUCUUGGGUGGCUAUUCCAAUAGUUUCUGGACUUGCAGCACUUCAAAGCUUGGCUACUCUGGUUGCGCUCUCAUAUCACGGAUCAAGCCUUUGUCUGUGACGUAUGGAUUGGGAAUUUCUCAGCAUGAUGGCGAGGGCCGCGUCGUCACAGCCGAGUUUGAUACAUUCUUCCUAGUUUCUGUCUACGUCCCAAACUCCGGACAACGUUUAGAGAGACUGACUUACAGAACAACGGAGUGGGAUCCUGCAUUCAGCACAUAUUUGCUGGAGCUCGAGAAGAGAAAGCCCGUGAUUGUCACGGGUGACUUAAACUGCGCACACGAAGAGAUUGACAUCUACGAUCCAGACGGAAACAAAAGGAGCGCUGGAUUCACGAGCGAAGAGCGGACCUCCUUCCAAACGAAUUUCAUAGACAAAGGACUCGUGGAUACGUUUCGAAAGCAGCAUCCACUGGCUGUUGGUUUUACAUACUGGAGCUAUCGCAGCAAUGCUAGACCACAGAACAAAGGAUGGAGGUUGGACUACUUCCUCGUUUCUCAAGGACUGGUUUGCAGUGUCGCGGAUUCGUAUGUUCUUCCUCAGCUUGAUGGCAGCGACCACUGCCCCAUUGGACUUAUCAUUCAGACCGAGCAGUGAAACUUACUUCGCAGGUAAAAUCACGUUCGAUGUUUACAAGUUGGAAAAUGAAUAGGUACCUUGUUUUCUACGAUGA